AUGCGUUCGCAAAACAUGCCGCCGAGGGGCUGGGUGACGGUGUGUUUAGGCUUCAGCACGGGCCAUCGAUGCCCCGCUGUAACCAAUUCGUCGUCGGCUAGACCCAGUUCGGAACCACUCGCUCGGGUCAUGAGGACCGUGCGUCUCAUCUCACUUCGACGGGUGCUCGCUUUCUCCGCGUCCCGUCAAGAGGCUCGCCCAGCACCAUCAUGUCCAGCACAGGCCGACGAGAUCCGCCGACAGGAUGGAUAUCUACCCGCCCUCCAAGUCUCCGACCAUCUGACCACCUUGCGGGCCGUCCUACGCCGUCAGCAUCUCGUAAGGCGAAGGGGGCUCGUGCUCCCUGCAAGUGAACGCUGGGCCCCUGCAGGUGAGCUUUCGAAGCACACGCGUGCGCGGGCGGCAUCAUACGAUGUUUUGAGGCUUUUCGCGCCGCCUCCUGGACCAAUUCCCCCUUGCGCAAAUGCGCAAACAUUGCCCCGAGUUGCCCUCCCAUACGGCCCUGUUACCAACUGGAUCUGGAUGAAUGUGCAGAGUCCUCCAGGGGCAGAAUCAUUUCUUGCGGAUGACAGGGCACAGUAUGCGCCUGUGACACCCAAGGCUCCUUCAGACUCUUCGGAUAGCUUGGGCAACGUCAGCCCCAUCAAUCAGCACGCCCAUCCGCUCCACAUGCAGCUUUGCCCUCGCUAG